CUUACACGAGGAUGAAGAUUUAUUUAUUAUACUUCUACGAACAAAAGAACAUAAACAACCUACAGGAGGUGGCGAGUACUAGAUGUCUUCAACAUCAUUUGUUUCGCCUUAGAGCUAGCGUAAAGAGAAAUGCCUUCUCCCGUUUACGGCACACGAACAUCAUACGGCGGAUCUUCGUCCUCUAGUUACUAUUCAGGUCCUUCUUCCUCUACGUCUAGACGAACGACAACCUCAUCGCAGGACUCUUCGUCGAUGUACAACAACAGCAGUGGAUCUAAUCAGAGCAAUCCGUUCUACAGCGGGGGAGAUGGCGGUAGUGGAGAUGGUGCACCAGGGGGCGCACCUCAAAACGGUAGCCAAUAUGGCACCUCUUCGCCACCUACGCAGUAUGACUCUGCCGACUUACGCGUCAGAAGAGGCUACAGAGACCAGCAGCCUUUAGCGGACUUCAGUUCGGUGUUUAGAGACCCGGAAGCUGGUGGGACAGCAGAUGGCUUUGGACUGGAGAAUACUGCAGGAGGACAUACCAUGUCCCCUGCUAAUGGGGCAGCCAGACCAAGCAUGACCUCAAAGAUGAAGAUUAUGUUUGCACUGCUAGUAGGCGCCGCAGCAGCGUUGCACGCAGACCUGAAUAUGGCAGCGCCGCAUAUGAGCAGACUGGCGGAAGAUUUUGGUAUCUAUAGUAUACUGCUAGUGCUAGAUGAUUACCACGACUUCUACAUCAAGCAAUAAGGGCGACUUCUCAUUAUGAUGUCAAUAAAUACUAGAGUAGAAUUUUUAGAUGAUUCAAUUUCAGUUUCAAAGCUUCAAUAUUUUUGCGUUUAGUUGCAGCAGGAUUUUUGCGUUUAGCUGACCUUGAUGGUCAUCUCCUCCUGUGCAUUCGGAACAUAUCCGAUCUCCCACUUGAGGUCUAACGGCGCUAGAGAAAGACAAGUUGUUGGGUGGCAUGGUGCAGCUUGGGUUUUUCAUAGUUGGUGGCGCUUGCUCCCUUUUCGUCGGUCCGCUUGCGGACAAGUCGGACCGUGUCCAACUGCUCUCAGGGCUACUCGUCUUCUCAGGGACGUUGAACUUGUGCAUAUCGCAGUUUCUCCCAAACUCGAAAGCGGGGUUUUUCUACUUUUAAGGGUACACCUUUAAGUUGCUUUUCUUACCGCUUUUUAUGCCUCUCUCCCUUAGGAUGAGAAAGGCAUAAAAAGCGGGGUAACCCGCAAGCACCAAAAUAGCCUACCUCUAAUACUUCUUCAUUUGCCGCGUCCUGAGCGGUGUCAGCAUUGGCGGAUGCUUUCCAGUACUCUACUCUUUGUGUGGGGACUUGUUUCCGAGUUCACAACGAAGCUUCGUAGCCGCGAGUAUUGGAGCAGGUGCGAAUGCGGGAGCGGCGAUUGGAAGCAUCUUCAGUGGUAUCAUAGGCACUGCUGGAGCGUGGCGAUAUCCCUAUGGCGUCGCGUUUUUGCUGCAGAUAGUAGGAGCGGGAAGCGUAGUGGCACUGCUGAAAGAUCCACGGAAGGCGCAGGAGAGGGGACAAUGUAAGUAAAUUUAUGGCAGUUCUAUUUCUACAACUUUUGCUUUUCUCAACAUGAUAAUUAUGGACGACUCUCCCUGAUUGAUUUUGAUGCCAAAUCAUGAUCAUCUCUAAUAUCUCAUCUUCACUCAAUGUCAGUCAAUCACAAACACAAACCAGCAUCAGCCGGCCCAAAGGAUUGGGCUGCUGCGUGGGCUGGGGGGAGACAAGCCUAUACCGAAAUGGAGGCGCAAAAAGGCUAUAUUAGAAUGGAAGACCUCGACUUUUCGAAGUUCCGAGAUAUUGGACAAAUACCCACGAAUAAGAUUCUUCUUUUGCAAGCAAUACCAGGAUGCGUGCCUGUCAGCCUUAUUCUCACGUUUUUGCCGGAUUAUCUGAGUACCUCUACCUGCAGUACUUUGGUUGAUUAUUUUGGUUGAUAUUUUAAUUUUUGAUAGGAAGCACCCACGACAUGCAGAUGCACAUCAACAUGAUUGACUUCUUGAUUUUCCAAUGUUGAAAAGAGGAAGAGUUUUUAGACGAUCGGCAUUUUAUUUACAAUCAUGAUCACCACUACCUCUACAGUUUCUCAGCAUGGCAUGUCUGUGCAGUCCACAGUUUUGGUGCAGACGACGUGGGGAGUGGCCUCGCUCGCCUUAACCUUUCUAGGUGGCAUGCUAGGACAGCGCAUGUACGAAACCAAUAAGAAUCAUUUUUGCCGUUUUUUGGCUGUAGCAGUAGCCGCUGGCGUUUUUCCGUUUCUUAUUCUCACCAAUCUCUCCGCGUCCCUGAUCGCGAACCAAGAAACUGGCAGAUGCACGUUCUUGAGUCUAGUGCUCGCUUGUGCAGGCGGUCUUGUCGGCAUCGCGGGACCGAACGUUAGAGCAACCUUGAUGCAUUUAAACCCAAGUAGUGCUCGCGGAACGGUUUUCUCCGCUCUGACUCUGUGUGACGAUUUGGGCAAAGGGUUUGGCCCUUUCGUGAUCGUGAUCCUGAUUUCGAUAUUUGGCCGUCGAAUAGCGUUCUCGAUCGCCUUCUGCUUCUGGUUCAUCGCGUCCUUUAUGCUGUACAACCUGAAAACACAUCUCCAACGCGACUGCCAUAACUCCUCUUUUGGCUUCUCGGCUGGUGGACGAGCUCACCACUCGCGGUACGAGUAAAACGGUCGCGAUGGCAUGAUCAUUCGCGAUCACAUGAGUGAAACUAAAAGAUGCUGCUGGUCGGAGUUGGUGGCAUACGAGGCGAGCACCUCUUGCAUGAUUCGAGUGGUCGUUCUAGAGGCCACGUCUUCGUCUACUUCCUGCUCCUCCCUUCUUGUACAACUUCAAACUAGUUAAAGUAUUUCUCCCUUGACAGUCACCCGUCGGGCCGAAUUAGAAAUUCAAAAAUUCGGAUAGAGCAAAUUGUCUGUCUCGUUAAACUUGCCUUUUUGUCCUCCAAUAGAAGUAACACACUCACCGUUCUAACGAGCGUGUGUCACAAUACCCCGUUAUUCACUAAGUCCUAUUUCAGCGUAAAAGUAAGCAAGUAGGUACUACAAUAACUCCAACGUACUAGUCUGUCAUAGUAGUUGUAAUGAUCGUUCUCUCCAAGAGUCAGUGCCCUCCUGAGUCAAUCAUUGACAUUUUCAACAUCUGUGGCGAGCAAUCACUUCUUCUAAGCGUGGUUGUCGCCCCAUCUCAGAAACUGAAAUAUUCAACGUCACCCAACAACGUCGCCAAAGCGCAUACAGAUAUGAUAAACCUCUACCGAUUCGAAGGUCUGCUAGGUCGUUUACGAUCGUUGUAAUCGUACCAUAGUAAUAGUUGUCAACACGCAAAAAGAACUUGAAG